UUAUAUGCCCCACCUCCUCCCUUGCCUCACCAACGCAACCCUUUGCCUCCUCUGCCUCUUUCUUCUCUCUUUGGCAUUUUCACAAACACAUUGCAGGCCCUUCCAACAGGCAAAAUGGCGUUUCCUGGACUUCUCUUGGUGGGUUUUCUUCUCUCUUUGGGAUGUAAUUUGGUCCAUGGCGAAGAACGCUGGAUGGAUGCCCACGCCACGUUCUACGGUGGGGGUGACGCCUCUGGCACAAUGGGCGGGGCUUGUGGAUAUGGGAACCUGUACAGCCAGGGAUAUGGGACGAACACAGCGGCUUUAAGCACUGCAUUGUUCAACAAUGGAGAGAGCUGUGGAGCUUGCUUUGAAAUCAAGUGCGUGAACGAUCCAGAAUGGUGUGUUUCCAACUCUAUUGUGGUCACUGCCACAAACUUCUGCCCACCAAAUAACGCACUCCCCAACGACGCCGGCGGGUGGUGCAACCCUCCCCUGCACCACUUCGAUCUCUCCCAGCCCGUCUUCCAGCAAAUCGCUGGUUACAAAGCCGGCAUUGUUCCGGUGGCCUACAAAAGGAUUUCUUGCGAAAAGAAAGGAGGGAUGAGAUUCACAAUAAACGGGCAUUCGUACUUCAAUCUAGUGCUGAUAACGAAUGUGGGGGGCGCCGGCGAUGUUCAGGCGGCGUGGAUAAAAGGGUCGAAGACGGGGUGGGAGGCGAUGUCCAGGAACUGGGGCCAGAACUGGCAGAGCAAUUCUAAUCUGGACGGCCAAAGCCUGUCGUUCAAAGUGACCACCGGGGACGGGCGGACGGUGAUCUCCAACGACGUGGCGCCAGCUGGGUGGAGGUUCGGCCAGACUUUUAGUGGGCAGCAGUUCCCGUGAAGAAGAACAGAGACCGAGACCGAGAGGGUUUUUAGCUUUUAGUUUUUUAGGAAGUUUGAUUUUGUGUCGUUGAGUUGAGGUCGAGGGGGCACUGCUUUUAAUGUGUCGUCUCUCUCGCUUAGGCUUAGGUAAGUUUGUUUGAAUGUGGGGUUUGGAGUUGUGUUGUGCUGUGUGUUUUUUAAAGACAGUGGCAUGGCAGAGGCAGACUACUGAAAAGUGGUGGCAGCGGUAGGCAAUUUGACACCCGCCACUUAUUUGUGUGAAACUGAAACUGCUUUGUUAUAUUAUAAUGUAAGUUUAGUUAGGUUGUUGUUUUGUUGGGUUUUUCUUUUAUUUUCUAUGUCCAAAAGUUGUAGUAGGAUCAUUUGUAAUGUAGUGGGAACCAGCUCUUUUGAUGCCUCCUCUUCUCA